CAUGCAACGUAAAGUAAAGGACACUUCAGUUACUUAAGAUUUUACUGGUUUGAGGGUGACUAUGACGCAAUGGAAGCCUGAAUUCUGUGAUUCCUCCCUGAGGCGGUCGGAGGGGCUGGAUCUCCCGUUUGCUCUCCUCCUUCCCUCCCUCCCUCCUGAUGGGGAGCGUCGGUAGGUCGUUCCUCCUCUCAGCUGCUCGGAGCUCAGAUGACCAGCGUCGCAACUGAGCGAUGCACCUUCGACACAGACUUUGCUGUUUUUUGAGGACGAAUCUUACAGACAUUGAAAAAUAUUCUUCAUUUGUAUGCCUUUAACUCUGAUCUGCUCCAGAGAAAUUGAGAGCUAAUUUUAUUUUUAGGACAAGAUUUGUUUUUAAAUCGCUCAACUAAAACCUGGCUGCGUGUAAUAGUUACAGUUUUCCGAUUUUUAUACUGAUGGAGUCUUUUUUGUAGCAGAGGAAGAUGAUUGGAAGCUGAUUUAAAGCGCGCAGGUCAAACUCCUUUUAUUUUGAUGAAUUGCGCUCAAAGUACCGACAGCAUUUCAUUUCCAGACAGAUCCAAGACAGAAGAAGACAUUCUCAAGAUCCAUAGGGUGUCUCGAGGUGGACAACAUCCACAGCUACCAUGCUCUCCGUGGACGAGCCUCUGGACUUGAAGCUUCCCUCCAGACGGCUGUGUGACCCUUUCACAUUAGGAAAGAGGACUCGCCCCUCCUCUUUCUGUGGUUCUGUCCGCACCUUUCGACCAAAACUAUGCCCACCGUUUCCGUCCCCUCCCUCCUCUCCAGAUUCCCAGUCUCCAUCUCAAGAGCGACCCGGGUCCUGCUUCACUUCUUCAGUGAUGGACCUCAGCCUGUCCCCUUCUUCUCGCCAUGCCAGUUCCCUCUCGCCAUCUCCCUCAUCACCCCUGACCCCUUCUUCCCCCUUCGAGCCCCCCACCAACAGCAGCAGCCCUCAACCACAUCUCUUUGUGAGGGAUGCAGCAUAUCAUCCUGGACUGGAAAGUGGAACUUCUCAGCACAGUUAUCCAUUUUAUCUGCCAGUUGGAAGCCCACAGAGGGGCUACAGCUUUCCAUCCCCUGCAUUUAUAACUCAGCAGGGAGAAAACACAGUUUCCCCAGAGCUGUCGCAUGACGGACAGCUGGCCUGUCGCUGGAAUAAGUGUAACAUGCUUUUCGAGUCGCUGCAGGAUUUGGUGGAUCAUAUCAAUGACUCACAUGUCAAGCCUGAAAAGGAUUCUGGGUACUUCUGCCAGUGGGACGGCUGUGCACGCAAUGGGAGGGGCUUCAAUGCCAGGUACAAAAUGUUGAUUCACAUCCGCACACACACCAAUGAGAAGCCGCACCAUUGCCCCACCUGUAACAAGAGCUUCUCACGUCUGGAGAACCUGAAGAUUCAUACCCGCUCACACACUGGGGAAAAACCCUACAUUUGCCCAUAUGAAGGCUGCAGCAAGCGCUACUCCAACUCCAGUGAUCGCUUCAAGCAUACUCGCACACAUUAUGUAGACAAGCCUUACUGUUGCAAGAUGGUUGGCUGUCUCAAGCGCUAUACAGAUCCCAGCUCCCUGCGAAAGCACAUCAAAGCACAUGGGCACUUUGUUGCACCCUCAUCAAGCACCUCCAGCAGGCUGGGAAUAGGGCUCCAUAGUGCCUCCGAGGUGCCGUGUGUUCAGGAGGGACAGGUCGUUAUUCCUGGAGCUCUGGCUGCCCUGCUUGGGACAUCAUUUCCUCUCUCUGCUCUUUUCUACGGUGGAGCUUUAAGCCAUCCCAGGAUCCCCCACUUUCCCGCUAGAGGGGAAAUAGGCAACAGCAUGACCCAUCUCGGCCUUUCAGACUCAACGCUAUUACACUUUGGACUGUCAGCUGCAUCCAUGUUAGGGUUUGGAGCGCUGAGUGGUUUGGGUCGAAUCAUGGAGAGAAAACCAGAGGACAAGGGGGAAGAAAAUGAAAGUGGAGCACUGAACCUGUCAGCAAAGGUGAGGAGGACGAAAAUGGAUCCUUUGUCAUGGGUGGGUGCCGCCUCAAGGCCACUCUUACACAAACCGGCUACUGUAGGUUAGUUUGUUUGUAGAGCAAAGAAUCUAUCAGUCUUCUGUUUUUUUUUUUUUAAACUGUUUCCUAUCACACUUUCGUGCGUUAAGCUUCAUGUUAUGCAUGCUGGUUCAUGAAAAAUAUGUGUGCUUAUGAAUAAUCAGAGUUUUGUCUACAUCCUGACUGCCAUAAGCUACAAGGAUUAGUCAUUUUUGGUCCUUGACACCAGAAGAUUGGCAGGUAAGAUUGUUUCACAAUCAUUUCUUUCAUUUUUGAUUUACAGAAUCCCUCUACUUAAAUGGUUAAAAAAUAAAACAUGUAUUAAGGCAGCUAAAUCUGAAGUUCAGUUCUUAGCUAAUUUUAAAUUUAGGUCAGAUUUGAUCAAAAGCUAAAAUUUAAAUAAUUAUUGUGGACAAUUGUAGCAACAAAAAUGGUAACAACAUGAGAGGUUGUUUUCCCUGGCACAAAACUGAACUUUAUUUAAACUCAGAAAAUGCAGUGACAAGACAUGAUUAAAUAUAUAGUUCAAUCAGUUAAAAAUAACUUAAUCUUUAAUUUGUUGUUGCACAAUUACAUCUGAUUGAGUUCGAAUGCACCAAUAUUUAAUCAAAAACACAAAUGAAAAAAUUGUGAUCUUGAGUUAAACAGCUGAGUCAAAAACUAAACAUUUGAAUCCUUGAAUCCAUGUUUGAUCCAAUCCUGGGCUAUGGGCUGGGCUUCACGCUGGGAUAUAAAUCACAAUCUCUGUUUGAUGGGGUUGAAUUUGUAAAAAAUGAGACAGAUUCAUUUGAACUGUUUUGGAUUCCCACUAAAGAGACUGAAACUAUUUGGGAUGUCAAUCUUCUCACAGCACCUCUUUGUUAAAGACCCACUCUGAUAAAACAGUGUGUUUUUGGUAUUCUUAAUUUGUUUCUUUUGAAAUUUCUCUGAUGAUAGAUGAUAUACAGAAAUUAAGCUUAAAACGGAAUAAUUAAAUUUUGUUUUAUUUCUUUAAAUCAUGAACCAGAAGCAGACUAAAUAAUGCUGUUGAAAAAAAGAGCAUAUUGGUAAUAUAGAAAAUAUGCUGGUUGGGCCACAAGCUCCCUGCUCCACAAUGGGGAGGGAAAGGGGAGUUGGGUUGCUAUUACUGCUGCUCUGCAGAAACUUUGUCCUAGGAUAUGACACAGUUUUUUUUUUUUUAAUUUGGGCUCAAAACAGGAUAAACUUAAUUAUAAAACCACUGGGAACGCUUUAAAACUAGAUCAAAACAUGAUGGGAGAGGGUCUUUAAGGGAUGAUGCUGCGUAAAACUUGCACUAACAACAUGAAACUUGCCCAUGGACUCUGACCAUCACAUAUUCUGCCAUACAAUUUUAACAAUUUAAAGAGAUUAUCCAAUAUUUACUUCAUUUUGUACUAUCUCCCACUUGUGAUUACAUUGCGUAGCGCUAAUGUUGCUCACUUUCUACGGCUCACUUAUGGACUUUCGCCAUCUGCAUAUCUCACUCCAGGCUUACUGGGGUUUUCAGGUGGAGAACAUUUUGCUUAGCUGACAUGCGCCUGAGUUUAGGCGAACAUUCAGUCCGACCAAAAACGUUGACUUACAAUAAAAAAAAAAAUCUAGAAUUUAACUGAUGAGGACAAAGCUGAUCAUAGCAAAUUAUGAAGUCCAAAACAUUUUUGGAUGAAGGAAAGCCAACAUGUAAUAAGCUUUUGUGACUAACAACUAUCCAUCUAUCUAAUAUCUGCAACUCUUUUUAAAAAGCAAGCUUUAAGACAAAGGUCAAAUGACUGACACUUGACAGAUGAGUACAGUGUGGCAUUCCACAGUUUGUUUUACCUGAGAAAACGCGACAGUGUGUGAUGUAUGAUUAGAGUUCACCCACAGCCGUUUAUGUGAACCUUUGACUCGUUUAAACGUGACGAAGCUGACGCUACUGAAUGUACGAUUUUAUUUCUUUGUUUGCAGAAUAUAGUUGCUCGGCUUUUUGUUCUCAUAACCUUUCUAAGACAAUGAUCUGCACAGGAUUUGCCUUUGCUUUUAAAAAUGACACAAAAUGUUCAAGUCGACAUUCAAGUUAACAUGUAAGUAUCAACAAGGUCGACAAAGAUGUGCUUUAGUUCGCAUUUGCUUGACUUGAACGGUUACAGUAAAACAGGGGUGAAGGUGUAAAAAGAUUAUUAAUAAUGAUGCACUUUUAAAAAAAAGAUAUUUGACAAUGGCUACGUGUGGCCUGAACCUGUGAUUUAUUUUUAAUCCUGUAGCACAUCAGUUACUUUAGUCAGCAUUGCUAAUUUGUGGAAGUGCCUUUGGUUUAAAUAUAUCAACAAUGUAUGUAAACUAUUAAGUUCAUGAAUGCACGGUUUAUAAACAUUUUUUUUUACCAUCUUUGACUGCACAUUUUUUGAAGAUAUGGGGGCCACUGCAACACUUUCCAGUUUUGUUGAUUUGACUUUGACCUUUUGUCAAUAAACUCAUCAGAAUAAAAACAUU